AUGUCUACUGAAUUAUGCGACUCUGGUAUAUUCAGCAAUGAGGAUUGUGCUUUACUAUCUCAAUUAGAUAGCUUGGAGUUCGGUGUUUUUAAAGUUGACGCUCCCGAGUCACACGAACGUCGCAAACUAUUGGAAAAGGCCGUCGAUUAUUUUGAUAGUAUAAUCUCUCAGACUGUUCUGGAGAUCGAGGAAGAGCGUGCUGUGGAGGAAAGCGAAACUCUUACCAAAGUCGAGGCCGGUAUCAUAGAGGAAAAUCCGAACUCAGUGCGAUACAAAAUAUAUGAGAAAUACUCAGGACAGCUCGAUAAACUUAUUGAACCACAAGUUUAUCUACAUCUUGGUCAUUUUCAGCUUCUGCUCAAUCGUUUUGACGAUGCUCUGUCUGCGUAUCUUAAGUUUGAAUCACUUUGUCCCAAGGAAUCUUCUAUUAACUGUCCCUUCCUGUAUGGCUUAGGCCUGUGCUGUUUUCGCUUCAACGUAUUCAACAGGACUAUUAGACUUUUUCAGCAAAUUUUAUAUUUACAACCGUGGUUUCCAAAGUGUAAAGAGAUACAUAUUCGUCUUGGCUAUAUAUACAAGGUACAAAAUAACUUCGAACGAAGUUUGAGACAUUUUCGACAAGCUUUGAACGACUCAACACCUGCCACAUUUAACCGUAUUGAAUUACGGUUUCAUAUCGCUCAUCUGUUCGAGGUGUGUGGCAAACCUAAACAGGCAAAGACCGAAUACUUCCAAUUAUUGGAUGUUGAGAAAAGCGGUGCUCCGUCACACAUCCGCCAUCUUUGUCUUCGACAAUUAGCUUGGCUUCAUCACACAGGAGCUUUUGGAUCAAAACCUGAAUCGCCAAACGAAAAAGGCCUAGAUGUUCAGUGGCUUCAAAGUGCUUUGGAGUUAGAUAACACCAAUGGCAAAACCUGGUACUUACUAGGCCGUUGUCAAGCUGCUUUAAAUCAUGUUCAAGAGGCUUUCGCAGCAUAUAGAAGUUCUAUAGAUAAAACGGAGGCUAGUGCUGAUACCUGGUGCUCUAUCGGUGUGCUCUAUCAGGAGCAAAGUCAACCGAUGGAUGCUCUUCAAGCAUACUUUUGUGCUGUACAAUUGGACAAAUGUCAUGUUGCAGCUUGGGCCAAUCUGGGUACUUUAUAUGAAAGCAUGCAACAAUAUAAAGAAGCCUUAAAAUGUUACAAAAAUGCUGUAAACGCUGAUAAGCAUAAUGAGGUUCGUCCAGAGAUUCGUUCUCGUUUAGCUGUAUUACAACAUGUAACAUCUAACCAGGUCGGCAAUGGUCCUGGUCCUGGUUGUGGUGGAAUAACGAAGUUACCCACAGUAGAUGAGGCAUGGAGCCUGCCUAUACCUGCUGAACUAACCCAGCGUCAACUUCAGUUAAUGUUACAAGAGGCAGCUGCCAGUGAUUCUGGGAGUGGUUCGUCUAAGCGUUCUGAUAGGCAUUUAGCUGGUCUUUUGUUAAUCCCAACUCCCCAGUCAGUCCUUAGAAAACGUAGUAGUUGGCGCCAGUCUGGUUUCAACGGUCCAUGUGAAACUGAAGGAACUGAUGAGUGUGGAGGGUCCAAAAGAUCACGUCAUAGUGAUCCAUCCUCUUCAACACCUGUCCAACCAUUAAGCAAUCAGCAACUUCAACUGUUACAUUCCCUGCAAGCUCAGGGUAGUUGCCUAACUGCCUCACAACGUCAAACUCUUAAUAAUUUACAAAACCAAUCAUUGAGAUAUCAUCAUUACAAACUGAUACAAAAUCAGAAACAAUUGAAAACAUGUAAAUCGGGCAGUGAUUUUACCGAUGAGGCAGUUUCAAAUUCUGAUUCGGCUGGACCAUUUCACGGGGAUACUACUGCUACGACAGGUAGUUCUAGUGCUGGUCGUAAUCCAUCCAAUGUACCUGGUGCAGAUACAGUAGAUUUGUUUCCCACUGAGGAUGAUGAUUUAACCGCUGUUGUUGAUAGUCCUGGAUCGGGUAAUUUACCUGAAGAAGAUUUAGGGUUCUUGACGGAUGACCUGCUUGCUCAGUUAAACGGAUCUGAAGCAGCUACUGGAUUGGAUCUUGUUGAGUUAGCUCUGUUUACUACGGGCUCUAGUUCUGGUGAUCAGCGGCCUACAAGUAAUAAUGAUAAUAACCAGGUUUUAAUAAAUGAAAAGUCUUGUCAAUCGAAAUGUGGUGAUUCUUCUACAUCUGGUCCGGCUUCUUCAACUCCAACUAAUCCACCAAAGACAAUUAAUUUAAACGCAGCCAAAAAAGAUGAAAUUGACAUGAAAAAUAGCUUAACUCAAGAACUUGGUAUUGACCCCCUUAUCAAUUCUUCAGAUAAUCCAUCUUCAGAUCCUGUAGAUUUGCAUGCUUACUUAACCAAACCACUGAACCCACCGACUAGUAUCACUGCAGCUCUGCAUGUCAAUAUGUCUUCUUCGCAAAUCUUGUCUUCGCUUCGUGGUCUUGGCCAUUCAGGUGGACCUUGGUGGCCUGGCUUACUACCGGAAGGUAGUCCUAUUCCGAAACCUCCUGCAAAACCGUAUCCACCACCUCCUAAAGAUAAGCUGCUGCCUCCCACACCAAGUGUUUAUUUGGAAAAUCGCAAUGAUGCUCAUUCACCUGAAUUAAUGCGCUACUGUUUUACACAACCAGUAGUUGUAAUACGUGGUUUGGCUGCUGCUUUGCGCCUGGAUUUAGGUUUAUUUUCUACUAAAUCAUUGGUUGAAUCCAACCCAGAACAUCGAGUUGAAGUACGAACCCAACGUCUUCAACCGCCUGACCAGAACCUUGAUUCUCAAGGACGUACUGUAUGGCUUUGUGAAUCACCGAAAACUACCACAACAAUUGCUAAAUAUGGUGCUUAUCAAGCUGCUUCAUUUAUUGAAGCAAUGAAAGAAGAGAAAAUUGUGAAUUUUUCCGGCACUGCGCCAGUUACUUCUACUCCAACUUCUAACACACUAUCCGCCAUAUCUGUAGACACCAAAUCAUCUACUGGUAGCUUAUCGAAUGCUGUAACGGGAAGUGGACGAAAAAAUUUUACUCAUUGGUCUACCGAAUCAACAAAUUCAGAAUUAAAUACAAAUCAACCUCAUCAUGUGGGAAAUAAAAUAUCUGGUGACGAAAAUCACUCAUUAUCAAAUCAACAGAAUAAUGGACGAUUGAAAUUAAUACGUUUUGGAACAAAUUGUGAUCUUUCAGAUCAGAAAAAGUGGUUACCUCAACUCCAUGAACUUACUAAAUUGCCUGUAUUUGUUCGAGUUGUAAGCGCUUUCAGCAUGCUUAGUCAUGUAGGCUAUCCACUUUUAGGAUUGAAUACUGUCCAACUUUAUUUGAAAGUCCCUGGUUCCCGUACUCCUGGUCAUCAAGAAAAUAAUAAUUUCUGUGCUGUUAAUAUUAAUAUUGGUCCAGGUGAUUGUGAAUGGUUUGCCGUACCGGAACAAUAUUGGGGAGCUAUUCAUAAUUUAUGUGAAAAGAAUAAUGUUGAUUAUCUAACUGGUUCUUGGUGGCCAGAUCUAGAAACAUUGUACAAGGAAGAGAUACCAGUUUACAGGUUCAUUCAACGACCUGGAGAUUUAGUAUGGAUCAAUGCAGGUACAGUUCAUUGGGUACAAGCUAUUGGUUGGUGUAACAAUAUAGCAUGGAAUGUUGGCUGUAUGACUGCUCGACAAUAUCAACUUGCUGUUGAACGUUAUGAAUUCAACCGUUUACGUGGGGUUAAAUCUGUUGUACCUAUGACACAUCUUAGUUGGCAGUUGGCUAAAAAUAUAAAAAUAUCAGAUCCAGGAUUGUUUGAAUUAAUCAAGCACACAUUACUUCGUAGUCUUAUUCAAUCUCAGUUGACUACUGAUUUCCUGGAGAAGAUGAAUUUAACUGUUAAACAUCACGGGAAAAGACCUGAUGAUAUUGCUCAUUCCUGUCAUGAUUGUGAGAUUGAAGUAUUCAAUAUUUUAUUUGUUUUAUCUCAAGAUAAAAAAUUGGUUGUUAGAUGUUUAGAUUGUGCACGUCGUAUGGAUUCUACUUUAAAAACAUUCAUUAUCUUAUCUGAGUAUUAUAUUCAUGAACUGGCUGAAAUUUUUGAUAAAUUUCAACUUCAAACUCAACCUAUCACAGCUUAUCCAGUGGGAAAAACUUGA